UAGCAAUCCAUACCACAGUCCCACACAUCUGGGACGCAUGGCCGACGACCUGGCACCUUGCGGAUCGCAGCGGCCGAUGGCAUUUCAGCAUGAAGCUGGUCGACGAGCAGGACCCGAAGCGCGCGCUGGCGCUGCUUCUCCUCCUCGUGCUGGCCUCGCUCAUGACCAUGAGCGUCCUCCAGGAGACCAUGACCACCGAAGCCGGUCCACUGCGCCACGAGCUGCCCGACGAGCCGACGAACGAGCUGCCCGACGAGCCGACGAACGAGCUGCCCGACAAGGUCGUCUUGGCUGCGCCAACGGCGGAGCCCUCGUCAAUCGCGCCGUCGCCCUCACCGACCGAGCUCGCACCCUCGUCAUCCGAGCCCGCACUCGCUUCAUCGGCGCCGUGGGUCCAGGCGACGCUGGGGCCCAAGCCGUGGCUGCCGACCGACAAGGCCGGCGACAUGUACCCCGUGGACCCGGCCGGCAAGAUCAAGUGCGUCGCGCUUCGAACAGGCCACCUCGUCGAGCACUUUAUCAACCCGACCGACUGCUACACGGAGGACGAUCGUCGGCAGAUGAUCCGCGCGUUGGUCUACACGCUCAUCGACGCGUUUGACGCCAACGGGAUCGAGUACUGGCUCGAUUCGGGCACGCUCCUCGGGUCGGUCCGGCACGGCGGCUUGAUCCCGCACGACUUGGACGCGGACUUUGGCUUGACGCAGGCAUCGUUUGCGCAGCUGCGGCGAACCAACCUGACGUUUCCAUCGCGCUACGAGCUCUUUGUCAACGACAGUCAGUUCUAUCGGCGCGGCCCGUACCCGUACCUCCCCGGGCGCUUCACCGACACGACCAAGGGACUGUACAUUGAUUUGUUUGAGUUUUUGCCGUCGACAAAGCGGAUCGAGCACGUCGUUUUGCCAGCCGCCAACUCGUCGAUGACGCAGCUCGAGGAAGCGACGACGGUCGAGGUGCCAAUGCUGGGCCCCGCGGCCUCCAACUGCUGGUGGGCGUGCAAGAACUGCCCGGCGCCAAUGCACUUUCUUGUCCCAAGCGACUGGGUCUUUCCGCUUGUCCGCUGCAAAUUUGACGACCGCAUGACGUGGUGCCCACACCAGACAACAGCGUACCUUCAAGUUCUCUACGGCAACGACUUUAUGACGCUCAAGCACAGUGCGUCGUAGCCUCGCUCGAGUUCGUUUUUACCGUAAUUUGCCGUCACAGAAGCGUUCAAUUGGUUGACUGUCGGUGCAUUUUGCGAGGUCGACCCCCAGCAUGCAAAUGCACGCCAACAAAUCUUUGGAUCGAUUGUACAUACGUGUCGUUUG